GGAGGGGCCGGGGCCGGGGCGCCCCCUGGCGGCCGCGGGCCCGGCUCACGCCGCAGGGCGGAGGCAGGUUCUAGUGACGGCGGAAGUGGGAGCGGCUUGUGCAGCCCGCCCCGGCCGGCAGCGGAGCGCUUGGCAGGGGCCGGUGGCCGCCAUGUCGGCGCUGGCCCUAGAGGAGCUUUCGGCCCUGACGGCUAUUUACUGCCAGCGGGAUGAGUGCGCGGUGCUGGCCGUGUCAGAGACAGAUGGAAUCACAUUAAGAAUUCAAACCAGCGUGAAAGGACUUUUGGAUUCAGAUAUACUGUUAAAGCUGUCAUUUCACUUGCCGGUCAGUUAUCCCUCAAGCCUGCCGAAUAUCUCUAUUAAUUCAGAACAGCUUACACGGGCACAGUGUAAGGAUGUGAAAGAAAGAUUACUUGAGCAAGCCAAGAGACAUCUUUCUGAACCUAUGGUACAUGAGCUGGUCCUCUGGAUACAACAGAAUAUUAAGCACAUCAUUGGGCAAUCAGAAACUUCAGUUUGCAAUGAAAAAAGUACUUUGUCAAGAUGCAUAAGUACAGAGGAUGGUAUAUGGACUAUCCUUUUGCAUUUAGAUCACAUGAGAGCUAAGACAAAAUAUGUCAAAACUGUGGAAAAAUGGACUUCAGAUCUAAGGCUGACUGGAAGACUGAUGUUUAUGGGCAAGAUAAUACUGAUUCUUCUGCAAGGAGACAGAACCAGCAUUAAGGAAUACUUGAUUCUUCAGAAAACCUCUAAGGUAGAUGUGGACUCAAGCGGAAAGAAAUGCAAAGAGAAAAUGAUUAGUGUACUGUGUGAAACAAAAGUACAGACAGAGCAUAAAAGGUUUCAGGCAUUUGAAGUCAAAGAAUAUUCAACUUUGGAUGAGCUACAAAAGGAAUUUGAAGCUGCAGGACUUAUUGAUCUUUUCUUUGAAUUUGUGCCUGCUUUGUUAAAAUAAAUUUGUAAGAAAACAUUGGAAUCUUUGAUUAUAGCAGCAGUUGACUGUAAAAAGUGAGAAGAUAAAAUGAAAUGUUUGAGAACAUCUUUAAAGCCGCUCUGCAGCAAAAUUCCAAAGAAGAAGACAUCUACUUUCAAGAAACAAAAGGCAAUUCGCAUGUUAUGAAAAGAUCAUGUUUUUGACUGUGCAUUGGCUUUUGACAGGAAAUGCUGAGUUUAACAGUUGAACUGUUAGGUCAAAUAUGAAGGAUGGUGGGGAAAAAUCACCAUUCCUUUUCUCCGAGAUUCAGUUAGAAUGGUAUCAUCUCCAGUUGUCCUGUAAUUAAAGUAUAUUUGUCAAGAUA